CGCAGCCAGCCAGCAGUCGCAGCACCACCACCAGCACUACUUCGAAGAAGAAGCAGGAAGACGACGACGACGGCGUAGAAGCAGACGAUGACCAGCUAUGCCGUCUUCCAACCCGGACUGCCUUGUCCAUCUCGAUUCAUGGGUGCGUCCACUGUUUUCUCUGCGUUGCAGCAUUUCAUGAAGGUCGGCGCUGGCAGAACAUGAGACUCCUCACGCAGGCACCACAUAGAGACGCAAGUGCGGCGGAGUUGCAAUUUUAUUUGCGCAAGAUGGCUCAUCUCCUCUUUGUAUAAAUCCGAUGAACUAAGUGUCACCGAUGGCUGGUUCUUUGAUUUUGUCUUGCUGGCGUCGCCAGCUUCAGCAUGACACCCGUCAUGCCAUGUCUAGGCAUCAUGCGGAUGGAUUUGGUGCCUUAUCACUCGCAAUGGUUGGCGUCAGUGUGGUGCGCAAGUACAGUUCCACAGUUGCGACGGGUCAUGGUUUUUUGAGGCCGUUGUUAAUCCCCAAAGAAUAUUCUGGAUUGAAAUCAAUAGCCAAACACCAUACGAGGUGCAUUGCAAAUGUUCGAGAGAGUGGAUUGUAUUCAAGCACGAGCAUUAGUAUGCCGCGGAUUUUUAGGUUUAGGCUCGGUGGUGUGACAGGAGUGUGGGCCUCGCAUUCCAAACUACUUGUACGUGGACUUCGAGAUGUUAAACAUGAACUUUUGCAUGAAUGGAGGCAGGUUUUGAAGACUACUAGUGCAGAUCUGCGAAUAGUUAGGUGUGGGGGACAAGGAAGCUGGCAAAGCCAAUCACAUGAAUGUUCAGGAACUUUUCUACAUCGUUCUUUACGAAAACUAGUCACUGCCGCUAGCCUGGCAUGUGCACGCUCACAAGUGGUACCGCGGAUGAUUGCCGUAAUUGUAGGCGAGGCUACUUUAGCCCAUCAGAGUGCUGCAGGAGUAGAGUCCUUCCCAGCUCGCCAGGACUUGAGUCAGCCUUCACAUCCUGUACACAUUGUUUCCCUCGUAUUGACUCUGUUAGAACUCGUUUUAUUAGUAAUUAGAGCGACGUAUCUAGCAGUCUUGUUUACGCCAGCUAUUGUUUUAGCCCCGUUCGCAGAUUCCUUUGGACCCAAAUUCCGGAAAAGAUGGAUAUCUUUAGUACAUUUCUCCUUGGAACAUGGGGGCGCGGCUUUCAUUAAGUGGGGACAGUGGGCAGCUGCUCGACCAGACUUGUUUCCAAGAGAUCUUUGUGCGCAGCUCACAAAGCUUCAUUCUAAGGCCCCUGCUCACAAGUUUUCUCAAACCAAGCAAAUCAUUGAAGGUGCGUUCGGCAGGAGAUUAGACGAAAUUUUUGAGGAUUUUGAAGAGGAGCCAGUAGCAUCGGGGAGUAUCGCUCAAAUCCACCGGGCUGUUCUAAGAUUUCGAUAUCCAGGUCAAAUGUCCAAGCCAAUGGUGGUUGCAGUUAAGGUGCGACAUCCUGGUGUCAGCGAAGAGAUUCGUCGAGAUUUUACUAUAAUCAAUUGGUGUGCCAAGAUAUCCAAUUUCAUACCAGGUCUAGCGUGGCUUAGACUUGACGAAAGCAUACAACAGUUUGCAGUCUUCAUGUUGACACAGGUUGACCUGGCAAGGGAAGCUGCCCAUUUAAGUCGUUUCAUUUACAACUUUCGCAGGUGGAAAGAUGUUUCUUUUCCUAAGCCGUUGUAUCCAUUGGUACACCCAGCCGUUUUAGUGGAGACUUUUGAACAAGGAGAGAGCGUAUCACGUUUUGUGGACAGGCGUGGAAAAAAUCGCUUGAACAGCGCUCUGGCUUCUAUCGGAACUCAUACUCUGUUGAAGAUGCUCCUCGUGGAUAACUUCGUUCACGCCGAUCUUCACCCUGGCAACAUCUUGGUGCGUAUGGAUCCUCCCAACAAGCAGAGUUUUCAGUCCCGCCCUCAUGUGGUUUUGCUUGAUGUGGGUAUGAUUGCAGAGCUGAAUGCUCAGGAUAGAUAUACUUUAUUGGAUUUUUUCAAAGCAGUAGCUCAGAAGGACGGCAAGAAAGCAGCUGAGUGCACGCUCAAAUUUUCACGGUCCCAGAAUUGCCCGAAUCCUAGCGCCUUUAUUGAUGAUGUAGAAAAAGUAUUCCAGUUUUGGAACACGGAGGAAGGGAAUGCACUGCAUACAGGAGAUUGCAUGCAGGAGUUACUGGAGCAAGUCCGGCGUCAUAGAGUUAACAUAGAUGGUGAUGUAUGCACUGUCAUGGUGACCACCCUUGUUCUCGAGGGAUGGCAACGAAAACUGGAUCCGGAAUUGAACAUUAUGGAUACUCUGCGUCAAUUACUUUUCAAAGCAGACUGGGUAAAUUCGUUGUCAUACACAAUUGAUGGAGUAAUGGCUCCCUGAAGCAAAAUUAAUGUAGCAGAUAUUUUUUUAGGCUUUUUAUUUUUGUAAAGCCUUGUAUUUGGUGAGAGAAUAAAGUACAGGUAAAAGUUGUGGGCUU